AACUUUUGUUGUUACGCCCACCAGGUUUUGGAUUUAUUGACGAUAUUUUUAUGAUGUUGUGGUAAAAAUUUGGUCCAUUUUGAUGAAGUUGUGGAAGCUGCUGGUAGACCCUAGUGACAUGUUCAAUGUUCUUAUCCUUUCGUCUCUGUUAAAUCAUACGUGUCUGUCUCCCACUUUCAUCAAUGCACAAACCUUGUGAUCUUCCACACGUGAUCACACACUAAUCAGAUCCUCCCAACCCUCCCAACACACUUCCAUGAUUCAAUCACUGUUGCCUCCUUUAAUGGCCUCUAUUAUUCAUUUCUAGCUAAGCUGUAACUUAGGCCGGAUCUUUAUUUGAUUUGAUUUAGUGCAGGUAAACUUUGAUGAUUGGGUUAUGAAUAUUAAAUAUCUAGCUGCUGAAGGGUAUUUGAAAUCCUCCUCAUAUAGUCCGAGUUUAAGGGAUCUUGAUUAGGAGAACCGUCAAGUGUUGAGGCGAACUUCGUAAUUCUUUAAUUGGGUACGAGUAACUUGUGGAUAAGUUACUCUGACAUGGUGUGAGGUUGAAAGUUUUGGCUGUGCCAUGAAAAAUUGGAAGUGUACAAUAUGGGUAACAACAGGACUAUUGUUUGGUUUAGGAGGGACCUUAGAAUUGAGGACAAUCCUGCAUUAGUUGCUGCUGCCAGGGAGGGCUCUGUACUCCCUGUUUAUAUAUGGUGCCCUAAAGAGGAAGGUCAAUUUUAUCCAGGAAGAGUGUCAAGGUGGUGGCUGAAGCAAUCUCUUGCUCACCUGGAUCGCUCACUGAAGUCUCUUGGAACCAGGCUUGUGUUCAUCAAAACCCAUAGUACUGUCACAGCUCUUUUGGACUGCAUAAAGGCCAUUCAAGCAACAAAAGUAGUGUUUAACCAUCUAUAUGAUCCAGUUUCACUUGUCCGUGACCACAACAUCAAAGAAAAACUAGUGGAACAAGGCAUCUCUGUGCAAAGCUACAAUGGGGAUCUGUUGUAUGAGCCAUGGGAAGUAUAUACUGAGAGUGGACGUGCUUUCACUACCUUUGAUGCUUUUUGGAAGAAAUGCUUGCACAAGCAAAUGGAUAUUGUUUCACUUGUUCCUCCGUGGCAAUUAACUCCAGCUGAAGGAAAAGUUGAGGGUUGUUCAGUGGAGGAACUGGACCUUGAAAACGAAUUAGAAAAGCCAAGCAAUGCGUUACUGGGACGGGCAUGGUCGCCGGGUUGGAGAAAUGCCGACAAGGCCUUAACAGAAUUUGUGGAGCAGCAUCUACUUCACUACUCCAAGAAAAGGCUGAAGGUAGGUGGAGACUCCACCUCACUCUUGUCCCCAUAUCUUCACUUUGGAGAAUUGAGCGUGAGGAAGGUUUUUCAAGUGACACGUAUGAAGCAAAUACUAUGGACAAAUGAAGGCAACAGUGUUGGUGAAGAAAGUGUAAAUCUUUUUCUCAGGGCCAUUGGACUCAGAGAGUACUCACGUUAUCUUUGUUUCAACUUUCCCUUCACUCACGAGAGAGCGCUUCUGGGGCACUUAAAGUUUUUUCCUUGGGAUCCUGAUCCUGAUAACUUUAAGACUUGGAGACAAGGGAGGACUGGCUAUCCUUUGGUGGAUGCAGGAAUGAGAGAACUUUGGGCAACAGGAUGGAUACACAACAGAAUAAGAGUAAUAGUUUCAAGUUUUGCUGUCAAAAUGUUGCUUCUACCAUGGAAAUGGGGGAUGAAGUAUUUCUGGGACACACUUUUGGAUGCAGACCUUGAAAGUGAUAUCUUGGGUUGGCAGUAUAUCUCAGGUGGUUUACCAGAUGGUCAUGAGCUUGAGCGCUUGGACAAUCCUGAGAUUCUAGGGGCCAAGUUUGAUCCAGAAGGUGACUAUGUGAGGCAAUGGCUACCUGAGUUGGCAAGAAUGCCAACUGAGUGGAUCCAUCAUCCCUGGGAUGCACCACUUACUGUGCUUAGAGCAUCAGGAGUUGAGUUGGGUCAAAAUUACCCAAAGCCAAUGAUUGAUGUAGAUUUGGCCAGAGAAAGACUCACUGAAGCUAUAUUUAAGAUGUGGGAAUCUGAGGCAGCAGCAAAAGCUGCUGGCACCGAACCAAGGGAUGAAGUUGUUGUAGACAACACUAACAGUGUUGAAAACUUGGACACUCCAAAAGUUGUCUUUCUGGAAAAGGCUCCGUGUGCUACUGUUUCUGCUAAUGAUCAGAAGGUGCCAGCACUACCGGAUUCCAAGAAAGACCACCCUCCUACUCGUAAGAGGCCAAAUUGUGUGGUAGAGGAGGGGCAAAACCAGGAUAACUCUCAAAAUCAUAACAAAGAUACUGGGAUGUCAGGCAUUGAUCAAGAAAUUUGCUCCACAGCUGAUUCUUCAUCAUGCAAGAAGCAGUGUACCAGUACAAGCUCAUAUUCAUUUUCAGUUCCACAGCAGUGUUCCUCAUCCUCAAAUCUAAAGUGGCCAUGGCAAGAACAGAUUGACAUGGAGCAGAGUUCUAGCAAAGAUGGAGCUAUGUGAAAUUAAUGUUGUUCUUGUUGAUAAAUCCAGUAGCAGCUGCAGGACUCACGGGAAGAAAAUUGUGGCAUAUCUGAGACCUGCAGUUUGUUUAGCAUAUGCUAUGAAUGAGUUGUGUAAUAGGUUAUGAAAUCCAACAAGAAGAACACGGAUUAAAACAACAGUGAACAUUGUAUAUUAUGAACUUGUGCGAUUGGCCGGUCCAAAAGCAUUCUGACAAUCUCGUAGUUACUAGCUAUAUCAACAAAUACUCUACACAAAACAUUACUUUAAUUUUAUUCGUGUUACUCAA